AUGGCAGCCUAUGCCUCUAUUGUGCUAGCGGCCGCUAUAGGUGUUUACCCUAAGCUUAUGCCUAAGCUUAUCACCGCCGCUAUAAAGCCCGCUACGACCCCUAAGGUCGCCGCUAGUGAGGAGGUUCCCUCGCCCCCGUCGUCGGUUACGUCUUCUCUUAAGAAGUUUAUGACUCCUAAGGGAACUCCGGCUCCGGAGGAGUCUCUACUCCGCCGUCUAUUACGUCGUAGUAGCUAA